AUGAAAGACCCCGGACUGUUGGUUCCCGGCUGGGCACUCUUGGCCCGCGUGGCUGCUCCCCCGAUGCUCACACGCGACGAGCCCACGCUGGAGACGUUAUCUCGCACCGGCUCGCACAACAGCUCAGAUGCUCAUUCAGACCACCAAUCAGAGCCUCAUCCAGAUCUUCUUUUAGAUGUUCAUCCUGAUGUUCACCCUGAUAUUCGUCCAGAUGUUCGUUCAAGGUCUCGCUCGGGGUCUCAUUCAGAUUCUCUUUCAGAUCUCCAUUCAGACCCUCGAUCAGAUCCUAUUUCAGAUAUCCGCUCAGACCCUCUUCUGGAUGUUCAUCCUGAUGUUCACCCUGAUAUUCGUCCAGAUGUUCGUUCAGAGUCUCGCUCGGAGCCUCGUUCGGAUUCUCUUUCAGAUCUCCAUUCGGAUCUUCAUUCAGAACCUCUUUCAGAACUUCAUACAAAUCCUAUUUUAGAUGUUCAUCCCGAUGUUCGUCUAGAUAUUCGUUCGGAGUCUCGUUCGGAGUCUCAUUCAGAUCCUCUUUUAGAUCUCUAUUCAGACUCCCGUUCAGGCCCCCAUUCAGAUCUCCAUUCAGACCUCCGUUCAGACCCUCGCUCAGACCCUCGCUCAGAUUUCCGUUCAGAUCCUCUUUUGGAUCUUCGUCCAGAUUCUUUUUCAGAUGUCCAUCCAGACCCACCGGGAUAUUAUGAUCUAGAUCCUCGCUCAAAUCCUCAGCUAGCACGGCCCAUGGGCGAGAUGUGUUCUCCAGAGGGCCAAUGGAAUUGCAUGACAACCUCAUGGCAGCGCUGCGCAAGCGGCAUGUGGAGCGCCGUGAUUCCAUGUGCGGCGGGGACAAUCUGCCAGCCUUUUGGGCUUACGGAUUUCAUUACCAUUGAGCAUGAUUCGAGUGCCAUCACGGGUUAUGGGGAUAAUGGCCAUGCGAGUGAUGGUGGUCGUGAUAAGAGCGGGAAGAAGAGCGUUGGCAUCAGAAACUCACCCGGCCUGGUCUUGCUCGCUGGGGCGGUUGUGACUGGAGUUUCUUGGAGUUUUCUUGUGUGA